AUGGGAGGCGACGGCGCGGGCCCGGCGGACUACGCCUUCGGCGACAUCCUGGGCGAGGGCGCCUUCGCGACGGUGCUCCACGCGCGGCGCCGGAGCGACGGUACGGACUUUGCGGUCAAGGUGAUGAUCAAGUCCUACAUCGAGCGCGAGGGCAAGACGCGGCUCGUGCUCGCCGAGUCGAAGGCGCUCCAGCGCUGCGCGUCCUGCGACUUCGUCGUCAACCUGUCGCGCACGUUCCAGGACGCGGACUACCUCUUCUUCGUGCUCGAGUUCUGCGGGGGCGGCGACCUGCUGCACCUCGUCAACGGGUCCGACGACCGCGUGCGGCGCGCGGCGGGCGGGCUGACGCCCUACGCGGCGGCGUUCUACGCGGCGGAGGUCGUGCUCGGCCUCGAGUUCCUGCGGUCGCUGGACGUCGCCCACCGCGACCUGAAACCGGAGAACGUGCUCCUCGACGGCGGCGGCCACGCGAAGCUCGCGGACUUUGGGGCCGUGCUCGACUGCUCGCACGCGGCGGGCCACGAUCUCGGCGAGCGCCACGGCUCCUUCGAGGGCACGGCGGAGUACGUGUCGCCGGAGGUGCUCCAGGGCUUCGAGACGACGCCGGCGUGCGACCUCUGGGCGCUCGGGUGCCUCUGCUACCAGCUGAGCUGCGGCGCGCUGCCGUUCCGCGCGGCGACGGACUUUCUGCUCUGGGAGAAGAUCGUCGCCUUCGCCGACGGCGACGAGUCGGCCUUCGAGGUGUCGCCCGCGGCGCCGGGCCCCGCGCUCGACCUCGCGCGCCGACUCCUCGUCAAGGACGCGGCGAAGCGGCUGGGCGCGGACGAC